UGUAGAAAUGUGAAAUGCUUAUGUGAUUGUGUAAAAAUGUGUCCGCUUUUGUGUCAGUUUGCGUUUAAAUUCAAUAGUUCGUAAUUUUUAUCGUGAUUGGAGUCGAGUGAUGAGUGCGUCAUGGUGUCCAGUGAAGUGUUUUACAAUUAUUAUAGUUCCAAAAUAAGCAUUCUUUGGAUGUUGCAGUGGCGGGGUGUUGGCAGCAAUCGAGGCUGUGCCUAACAUGGCUGCAACGCAAUCUGAACCCCAGCAAAAUGAGGUGAAUCGGGAAAAUGUGCAGCAAGAACAGUGUGUAACUGAAAACUCUGGAUUACAAAAUGGAACAGAUAGAAAUAGUGGUCGUAGCUUAGUUAGAUUUGAUGGUGCUAAUCCUAAAGUUAAAUCGUCAGGACAAAAUACAGUUUCUGCCGAAAUGAGUCAAUAUCGCCAAGACACUAGUGUCGGGUCGGGAAUUCACAACCCAGAUCCUAGUUCUAAUAGUGAGGAUCUUUCAAAAGCUAACCAUAUUGAAAAUAAACAAUUUUCUCAUGUUGAACAAAGUGAUCCCAACUUUGUGAAAGGUUCCCCUGAUAAUGGGAACCAAAGUAUGCCUGGAUCUUAUGGAUUGCCAUUUCCCCAAAGGAGUGGUUAUCAUAUUGAACAUUCUAGUGGGAGUCCUUUGCAACCUGGAGGAGAAAAUAGUAUUCAUCAGCAAAAUUUUGGGCCAUUUAAUCCUCAAAUGAGACAUGCAUAUGCUACCUCUAAACCAAUUCCGGGGCCGGGGACACCUGUACCUCAAAGACCUGUGAGUACAAGCCCAAACUUGGGAUCUCCAGGUAAUUAUUCUCCUCAUCUACAACAACAACAACGAUUUUUAUCUGGGCAGAGCAUAUCUCAGCCCACAGGACCUACUCCAACCUUGAAUCAACUUCUCCAGUCCUCCAACCCUGUGCAUCGAUAUCAGAACAGUUAUGUAGACUAUAGUAUGGGGAAACAAGGAGGUGAACAGAACCAAGGAAACAUGCCGUAUAAUCAAGCGUGGCCGCCUAGACCAAUGGGUCCGUAUGGAGCUCAAGCAGGCCUCCCGGGAUACCGGCCACAACCUCCAAUGGGUGGUCGAGGCAGUCAGUACGGUGGUGGUAGCGGGUCACCAGGACCCGUGUAUCCCCCCAGUGCCGGGUCCCCAGCAGGUCCGGGUCCUACACCUCCACAGCAGUACCCUCCGUACCCUCACAGGUACCCUUCCCCGUCCCCCGCGUCACCGUCGGCACCUCCGCAGCAGCCUCAGACUAGGCCGCCCUUCCCCGCCCACCAGAUGGGAUCUGCCCCUUACUCUGGCAGUGGGCCUGGUCCUGUAGUUGCAGGGGCCCCUAGUCCCAAUGGUCAGAGUCCAGCGGGGCCCCAGCCCCCGUCUCCUUCCCCACAUACAGUGCCCCCACCACAGCCCAGCCCUCAGCGUCCUCCUUCCCCUCAUCAUCAGCAGCCUCCACAGAACUACUCUACCAAUAGACCAGCACCCUCUUCAACACCGACAGCCCCUGAGCCAGCAGACUUGACAGGCCAGAACAGCAAUGACAGCAGCAGCGGGCCCGCGCCGGGCACUCCCAACAGUCAGGGCAUGCGGCCGACACCUUCGCCCACAGGCUCUACCGGGUCCAGGUCCAUGUCUCCAGCCGUCUGUGGUCAACAACAAAACAUUCCGAUGCCGCCGCGGCCGUCGUCUAGCCAGUCUGACGGAGGUUCAGCGCCUGGUCAACCCCCGGCACGCAUCAGUCACUCACCCGUCUCCAAUCAGGUGGAUGUUGCAGGCAGCUACCCAGGACCAGGAGGCAUGCAGCACAUGCACUACAAGAUGGGAGGUCCUGGGAUGGGAGGACAGCCCAUGCCUCCCCACCCUCCCUCCUCCUACCAGCAGCAUUACCCUCAGCAAGGCAACUAUGGUCCGAGGCCGCAGGGCUACCAAGGCUACGGCAGUCAGCCGCAGAGCAACAGUGCAUUACCACCAGGGGCUCAGUACCCUCCGAGACCUCUGCCCAACCAUACACCUCACUCUCAGUUCCCUGGCUACCAGGGUUGGGGAGCUGGGUCUCCUGGACCUGGAGGUAUGAACCACCUGGGACCUGGCAAAGGAGGACCAACACAACCCAGCUCUGCCCCGCCUACCUCCGCCAACACUCCCCCCGCACCUCCGCCUGCCACCAACUCUCCUCGGUCACACACACCUCCACAUCCACACCAGGCCUACCUCAAGCAGCAACUACAGCACAAAGCAGCUUAUGGAAACGCAGGGAGCGGGAUGCCGCCCAGUCCGGGUAGCUACCCUAACAACGCCGGGGGCCUGGGUAUGGGGCCCCCUCACCACCACCCCAUGGGCCCUCCUAGCAUGGGGCCUCCCAACAGUCAUAUGAGUCAACAUGACGGGCCCAUGCCUCCACCUCCAGCCUCCACUCCCCCCACCACUGCGCCUUCGGAUCUGCACGACAACGGCAUCACCACCACUGCAUCUGGUACAGUUACGACUCUGGUGACUACAGGACCUGAUGGUGCUCCUAUAGACGAGGCGUCUCAACAAUCAACCCUCUCCAACGCCAGUGCAGCGUCAGGUGAAGACCCAUCGUGCACCCCCAGCAAGGGUAGGAAGGACGGUCUGUACCACCCUGGCACACCCCAGAGCACGGUGCCUAGCCCCGGCGCGGCCAGCAUCAACAGCAUGCAUGACGAGUACCCUCCAGACAGCAGCCCUACAUGGCCCCGCACCCCCAACAGUCCGGUCUAUAACAGUCAUAUGCCACAGGACUUAUACAGGCCAAAGAAGCAGGACAGUCUGAGCAAGCUGUACGAGAUGGACGAUGCGCCGGACCGUCGUCACUGGCUGGACAAGCUGCUGCAGUUCAUGGAGGAGAGGAAGACGCCGAUCACCACCUGUCCAACAAUCUCCAAGAACCCCCUCGAUCUCUUUAGACUAUACCUCUAUGUCAAGGAGAGAGGGGGCUUCAUGGAGGUAUGCAAGGUGCAGUGUAGUUCCAUGGUGACAAAAAACAAGAUCUGGAAGGACAUUGCCGGGUUGUUGGGUAUCGGAGCGUCGUCUAGCGCGGCGUACACUCUGCGUAAACAUUACACCAAGAAUCUGCUGCCGUACGAGUGCCACUUUGAUCUAGGAGGCAUUGAUCCUCAGCCAAUCAUCAACCAGGUUGAGGCUACGUCGAAAAAGAAAUCCACCAAGACUGCACCUGUACCUUCACCUGGGUCAUCAAAUUCGCAAGACUCUUUCCCUUCUGGUGGUGGCAGCGGAUCCAUGGACGGUUACGGUUACGGCUAUCCACCUGACUACAACAACCAAAGACCACCUUCCCAGUCCAACCAAGGUGUGGGGGUGCCGACCGCGCCGACGGAUAACAUUAGUGUUUCCAACCCGUUUGACGACGCAGGCCCCCGCGGCCCACGCCCAGGUAUGCAAGGAGGCUACCAGAACCAGGGAGGAAACUACUCUCAGUACCCUGACCAGUACAACCAGCAAUACCCCCCGGGCAGCUCGUAUCCCCCCAACAGACCACUGUACCCCCCCUACCCGGACCAGGACAGGGGCUACAACCAAGGCGGGGCAACGGGGCCUAGUCCUAACGCUACAGGGACGCCGCCGGGACCAGACCCUUACAACAGGUACAAUAUGGGAGCUGGACAGCCACCCGGUUACCCACCCAGACCCGGGCAGACACCACCCGGACAGCCACCCAACCAGCCGUACCCGCCACCCCAGCAGCCGUACUACCCCCAGGACCAGGUGUAUGGCAGUGGCCAGGGCCCCAACGGCGGGGCACCCUACCCUAACAACAAGGGAAUGCCUCCGCCCGGCGGACAGCCCCGGCGACAUCCCGACUUUGCCAAAGACCAACCUUACCCACCUUACAACCAACAGAGGCCUGCCAUCUAUCCUGGUGGAUGGCCGGCUCAGAACAACAACAGCCAGUAUCGGGGGCAGUACGGCCCGGGCCCGGGGCCUGCGGGGGGCCAGUGGAGCCAGGUGUCAGGCCCCCGUCCCAACUCUCAACCCCCCAACGGACCCCCGGGACAGUGGGAUCAGCAGCGGUACCCUGGCCAACCCCCCUACCACUCACAACAGUGGGGUGUACCACCAAGUAUGGGCAACACUGUUGUGGGCCCCAACUCGGGGCAUAGGGCCCCCAUGGGGCCCCGAGGUUACAGGCCCGACGGCAAACCCUACUGUCAGAUGAACUCUUCUGGUGGUAUGAAAGGUCAGAUGUCAGGUCCCAUGCAGGGAGGUCCAGGAGUCAAGCGAGAGCUAGUGUUUCCUAUGGACAGUGUGGAGGCCGUGCAGCCUGUACUGUACAAGCGGCGCAGACUGACCAAGACAGACGUGGCGCCGGUGGACGCCUGGCGCGUGAUGAUGUCACUGCGCUCCGGGCUGCUGGGUGAGACUACGUGGGCACUGGACAUCCUCAACAUCCUGUUGUUUGAUGACGCAAGCAUCGCGUACUUCGGCCUUGCACACCUCCCAGGACUGCUGGACGUUCUGCUGGAACACUUCAAGCACGCCCUCUCCGAGAUGCUGGACAAGCCGACGGUCGAGACCGCAGACAAGCACCGCUGGUACAAGCGCACUUCCUCCGAGAGCAAGACAGUUGACCUCGGCAGCAUAGCUACGCCCCCGGACCCUGGUGAGAGGUUGAGAGUCAUCCGUGGACCCGACUACACGAUGCAGUCCAGGAAAGGCCAUCCUGUGACUCUGACGCCUGCCAACGAGGAAGUCUUUGUGUCGGACAAGCGGAGAGUGUGGGACGAAGACGAAGUAGAGGAGACGCCAGAAGUCCCGGACUAUUCUAGUACCAAAUAUAUAAUUCCCUGUUUUAAAGGUGAAUUCGGACUUGUGCCGUUUGUAAGACUGUUGCCCGACAAAAACAAAUGUGAUGUUAAAGUGAAACGAGAAAAAGACUCUGACGAACAGACCGACUCGAAAAGGACUAGGUCGUUAAACGACUUGUUGACGCGGGUAAAGUUAGAGCCGAGCGAGUCGGAAGUGAAAAACGAGGAAGUUGACGAAAGGAUAAAAGACCCGGCGGGAAUACUAAAGCGGAGAAAGAUGUCCGAUUACGAAGACGAGUGCUAUAGCCGCGACGAAGCCAGCUUGUAUUUAGUAACGGAAAGUCAAGACGCGUUAGCGAGGCGGUGUAUAUGUAUUUCUACGAUCUUGAGAAAUUUAACCUUUGUUCCUGGCAACGAAGCCGAGUUUGCUAAAAAUGUAACGUUCCUUAAUUUAUUGGGCAAAUUGCUGCUGCUACACCACGAACAUCCUGUUAGGACUCAGAAACAGAGGAAUUAUGACCGAGAUGACGACGCUGACUACGGUGACUGCUGCUCAUCUCUGCAAGGCGAGGGUGAAUGGUGGUGGGAGUUUCUACACCAUCUGAGAGAGAACGCGCUGGUGUGUCUGGCCAACAUGGCUGGCUACGUAGACCUGGGGCUGUAUUCGGAGGAUGUGUCUCGUCCUCUGCUCGACGGACUGCUACACUGGGCCGUGUGUCCGGCGGCGCAAGGACAAGACCCGUUCCCCACAGUCGCCCCGUCCAGUGGACUGUCGCCUCAGCGGCUAGCACUGGAGGCGCUCUGCAAGCUGUGUGUCACGGAGAACAACGUAGACUUGGUGAUAGCGACCCCGCCUCACUCUCGGCUAGAGAGGCUGUGCUCGACACUAACCAGGCUGUUGUGUAGGAGUGAGGAGCAGGUGUUGAGAGAGUUCUCUGUCAACUUGCUCCACUACCUGGCUGCGGCUGACAGCGGCGUCGCUCGCAUCAUCGCAGCUCAGUCGCCCUGCGUGUCACUGCUGGUUGCCUUCAUAGAGCAGGCCGAGGCCAGUGCCCUGGGUGUGGCUAACCAGCUCGGCAUCAACGCCCUACGAGACAACCCUGACUGUAUGGGCACCAGUCUGGACAUGUUGCGACGUGCCGCGCGCACUCUGCUGCACCUCUCCAAACACCCGGACAACCGACCGCUGUUCCUGCAGCAGGAGCAGCGACUGCUUGCGCUCGUCAUGAGUCAGAUCCUGGACCAGCAGGUCGCUGCGCUCGUGUCCCGCGUGCUCUACCAUGUCUCAGACAGGCCGCCUUCCCCCGAGCCCAACAUGCCUUAGUCUCCGGAUUCUGACGACGGAUUUUAAAUUUGUUCUUAAGAGACAGUGUGUUGAUUUUUUUACUUUCAAAUUUCAAAAGUGAUUCGUAUUUUAUGUGCUGUGUAAUAUUUUUUAACUCGCGACUGUCUGUUUGAAAUUAUCGUGCAAAUGCUUUAUACGCGGGCGCCGUUGUACAUAGGACUGUAGGGCGCACGUGUCAGACUGAGUUUUAGCGAAUCGAUCGUUUUGCAAAUAGGCGAUGAAAUAUUUUUAUACGUGUUUUAUCUGUUGUAUAAUUUAUUUAUAGUGAGUUUAGUUUUUUUAAGUUUUCGAGUGUAUUCGAAACUGCGGCGGUGUAAUAUAGUCUGUGUAAGAUAUUUUUCACCUUAUGAAAUGUAUGUAAAAAUGAAAUUUAAUGAAUUAGUUCAUUGAGGCUGUAAACUUAUGCGUGAACAUAAAUCUUGGUCGAUUAUAUUUACCUUACCUUUGGAGAUCAUUUAUCAGUCAUUUUUACGAGUUAUAAAUUUUUGUUAAUGUUUUUAUCUACGCAGUUAGUAUAAAUAAUUAUUUAAAUGUAUAAUUUGUCAAAAAGUUUCGACUAGAAUGGAUGAUGAAUAAAUAUGUAAAUAUUAUAUAAUGAAAUUAUUAG